AUGUCCGGCCACCGCGCCCGCCUCGCCGCGCUGGCGGUCGCGCUGAUGAUGGCCUCCGGCGCCGCGGCGGCGUGGGAGCUCACCAAGAAGGGCACCGUCAUCUCCUACGACCGCCGCUCGCUCAUGGUCGACGGCCGCCGGGAGAUCUUCUUCUCCGGCUCCAUCCACUACCCGCGGAGUCCGUCGGACAUGUGGCCCGACCUCAUCGCCAAGGCCAAGGAGGGCGGGCUCAACGUCAUCGAGAGCUACGUCUUCUGGAACAUCCACGAGCCGGAGAAAGGCGUGCUCAACUUCGAGGGGAGGUACGACAUGGUCAAGUUCUUCAAGAUGAUCCAGGACAACGACAUGUACGCCAUCGUCCGGAUCGGGCCCUUCAUCCAGGCAGAAUGGAAUCAUGGAGGGCUGCCCUACUGGCUGAGGGAGAUCCCUGACAUUGUGUUCCGGACGAACAACGAGCCAUUCAAGUCGCACAUGGAGAAGUUUGUGAACCUCAUAGUGAAAAAGCUCAAGGACGCCAACCUGUUUGCAUCGCAAGGAGGUCCCAUCAUUCUAGCACAGAUUGAGAAUGAGUACCAGCACCUGGAGGCGGCGUUCAAAGAGGAAGGCACCAAGUACAUCAACUGGGCAGCGAAGAUGGCCGAAGCUACCAGCACCGGCGUGCCCUGGAUCAUGUGCAAGCAGACAAAAGCUCCUGGUGAAGUGAUCCCUACCUGCAACGGGAGGAACUGUGGAGAUACAUGGCCAGGUCCAACCAACAAGACCAAGCCUCUCUUGUGGACUGAAAACUGGACAGCGCAGUACAGGGUAUUCGGUGAUCCACCAUCCCAGCGUUCGGCCGAGGACAUUGCGUUCGCCGUGGCACGCUUCUUCUCUGUGGGCGGUACUAUGACAAACUAUUACAUGUACCAUGGAGGGACAAACUUCGGAAGGACGGCUGCCGCCUUUGUGAUGCCAAAAUACUACGAUGAGGCACCUCUUGACGAAUUUGGCCUGUACAAGGAGCCUAAAUGGGGCCAUCUGAGGGACCUGCACCAGGCGCUGAAGCUGUGCAAGAAGGCCCUGCUGUGGGGGACGAUGUCGACGCAGCCGCUGGGCAAGCAACUCGAGGCGAGGGUGUUCGAGGUAAAGGAUCAGAACGUGUGCGUGGCGUUCCUCUCCAACCACAACACCAAGGACGACGUGACCCUGACCUUCCGAGGACAGCCCUACUUCGUUCCGCGCCACUCCAUCAGCAUCCUCGCCGACUGCAAGACAGUCGUCUUCAGCACCCAGCACGUGAACUCCCAGCACAACCAGAGGACGUUCCAUUUCACGGACCAGACGGUGCAGAACAACGUGUGGCAGAUGUACGACGAGGAGAAGAUCCCCAAGUACAAGCAGGCCAAGAUCAGGACGCGGAAGCCGGAGGAACUCUACAACCUUACCAAGGACAAGACCGACUACGUCUGGUACACCUCCAGCUUCAAGUUGGAGUCUGAUGACAUGCCGUUCCGCCGUGACAUCCGCCCUGUGCUCGAGGUCAACAGCCAUGGCCACGCCUCGGUGGCGUUUGUCAACAACGCCUUCGUAGGAUGCGGGCACGGGACCAAGAUGAACAAGGCGUUCAUGCUCCAGAAGCCCAUGGACCUGAAAAAGGGCGUCAACCACAUCGCCGUCUUGGCAUCAACACUGGGAAUGAUGGACAGUGGCGCUUACCUGGAGCACCGAGAGGCCGGCAUCGACAGGGUGCAGAUCACGGGGCUCAACGCCGGCACGCUGGACCUGACGAAUAACGGCUGGGGCCACAUCGUCAGCCUCGUCGGCGAGCAGAAGGAGAUCUACACCGAGAAGGGCAUGGGCACCGUCGCCUGGAAGCCCGCCGUGAACGACAAGCCGCUCACAUGGUACAAGAGGAACUUCGACAUGCCGUCGGGAGAUGACCCGGUGGUGCUCGACCUGAGCCCAAUGGGCAAGGGCAUGAUGUUCGUCAACGGCGAGGGCAUCGGCCGCUACUGGAUCUCCUACAAGCACGCCCUCGGCCGGCCAUCGCAGCAGCUGUACCACGUGCCGAGAUCCUUCUUGCGCGAGAAGAACAACGUGCUGGUGCUGUUCGAGGAGGAAGGCGGGCACCCGGAAGCGAUCAUGAUCCUGACGGUGAAGCGCGACAACAUCUGCACCUUCAUGUCGGAGAAGAACCCGGCGCACAUCAAGAACUGGCAGCGCGAGGACAGCCAGAUCACGGCGAAGGGCGGCGGCGGCGGCGACCUCAAGCCCCAGGCGACGCUGUCGUGCCCGCCCAAGAAGGUGAUCCAGCAGGUGGUGUUCGCGAGCUUCGGCAACCCGCAGGGCAUCUGCGGCAACUACACCUUGGGCAACUGCCACACGCCGCGCGCCCACGAGGUGGCGGAGAAGGCCUGCCUUGGCCAGCGGACCUGCACGCUCCCCGUGUCGGCCGACGCGUACGGCGGCGACCUUAAGUGCCCCGGCACCACCGCCACGCUCGCCGUGCAGGCCAAGUGCUCCAAGAGGGCGCCCGGAGCACCCGGCGCCCCCGCCGCCGCCGCGCAAUGAUCAACUCAACCAAGUCGGCUAGCUGGUAGUAGCUCUUGGUGAUCUGAUGAUGAUCGAUGAUGUCCCAUUAUUUCUUGAGAUGCUGCUGUAAACACGGCUUGCUUGCUUCGUAGACGUGGCUGAUGACCUGGCCCGAGACGUUGAUCGGAACAUCCAUGCGUGGGAGGUUGGGGAGUGGAUUGCAUGCAUAUUGUCGGUAUUAUUGUUGUAUAAGCUUGACAUACAUGUAGGAUUAGAGUGUGUUAAUUGGAUGAUGAGCAAAACAUGUAUGCAGAUGGUCGUUGAUCAAUUUGGUGAUUAAUAAUGGCAAUAAUGGACAGCCUAGUGCACUGACUUACA